AUGGUGAGGUAUGAAGUGAUCGGUCCGACAGAGAUAUACUGUAAUAACAGCCAAUGGGUUGGACUGACCACAACUGGUGACAAUACAACCUCUUCUCAUAACAAGAGGGCAGAGAAGACUAGGAAUGCGAGAAAAGCAGUGCUCAUGGCCAUACCUUUUGGCGCCGAUAUCUAUACCAUAAACAGCAAUAACCAGACAAUAAUUGGCAACAAAAUGUAUUACGUUUGUAGGGAUGAAAACGCUAUACUAAUGGGUAAUAAAGUGCGUCAAUGCUAUUACGGCCAUUGGACGGGUGAUGUACCUCGAUGUGUUUAUACGACAAAUUCGACCAACAUAAUAAACGACACGGAAUAUAUAGGCGAGAGGGAUGUCAUACGACAAAUACAGUAUCGAAAUCACUGCUUACCAAUUGAUACGGACAGGAAUCUGGCCUCUUUUUGCACAAUAAUUACCACGACCAAAAUUGUUUACAUACGCUACCGAAUAUACUCAAACAUGUUGAAACAAAUUGGGCCCCAAGGGUUGAGCUUAGUAUUUAUCGCAAAAGUUACCGCAUUGGGUUACGGCCGACAUGAUUGCAUUCGGUCGGCCAUUGACCUGACACAGACCGUAGAGGUUUUUCACUAUAAAUCCGAUUGUGGUCAACCGGAUGAGCCACUUGCUAUGGAUAUAAUGAUGAUCGGUUAUGGUAGAUAUAAAUACAAGUGUAAUGACAAUACAUAUACGCUAUACGGAGCCCAUACUGUUGAGUGCGGUCCCAAUGGCCAGUGGCUGAACCCCUUUCCCCGAUGUGUACCCAAAACAUACUGUAAAACAUCCGAUAUUAACAUAUCAACAAACAAUGGUUUGGAGAUUAGUUAUACUGAGAAUAUUACUGUUAAUAAUGGUAAUCGAGAUAUAGUAUACGUACCCAAUGGCCUGUACGCUAAUCUAUCAUGUGGUCAAUACAAACAAAAUGAUAAAAAUUCGACGCGUAAUGAAAAAGGGAUGUAUGAAGUGAUCGGACCGACAGAGAUAUACUGUAAUAACAGCCAAUGGGUUGGACUGACCGACGAAUACGACAAUACAACCACUAAGAGGAGGAAUGCGACAAAACCAGCGCUAAAUAUAUAUGACGACAGUCUGUUUGUUGAUCCGGAUUUGAACGAUGUUUACGAAUAUGAAAAUUAUGAACAGAUCUAUGAAUACGACACCAUUACAGCGCCCGUCGAUGAUUAUAAACAUCGAAAGCGAGUCAACGCCAAAACAGAGUGUGGAAAGUCUCCUGAAGAGCCCAUUGUGUCGUCUCUCAGACUCCGCGUCGGCAUCGGGUGGACGGAUCCGGAGGAGCACUCCGUAGACUCCGUGCGUGAGUACACCCACAGAGAGCACCUGUGGCCACCGCCCAACAUGGCUGGUCGGCAUUCCCCGCCUGGCCCUGUCGAUACCGCCGCCCCCGGAAGAGAUACGCCCUCACCGGUAGGUCAGGUACACCCCGUUGUGGGCCCUGACAGGAGCGACACACACACGCAGGGAGGACCUGAGCGGAGAGGAUCCGCACCCCAUCUCAGGACCAGUGAGAGCCCAGCGCGGGUUACAGACAUGUGUUUAACGCAAAACUGUUACGAUAUGAAUGAAAAUAAGUGUAAUUGCGGAGCAGUAGCCAUACCAUCGGACGCUCAUGUCUUAACCUCAACCGGAUCUAAACACACGAGAUAUUCGGGUAAUACUUAUUACAAACACAACACUAAAGUGUUUUAUGUCUGCGAAGGAGGAACUGAAUUAGUGGGCAAUAAUGUACGGCAUUGUUGGAACGGAUACUGGAUCGGUGAUGUACCUAGAUGUGCCAUCAAACAUUCUGGUGUCACGACUUAUGGCAUUAAUAAAAUUCAAAUAAAAACAUCGCGUUUUGCGAAUGAAACUGAAAAUAUUGAUAACAACUCAAAACUAUUAGAUGAGAACCGAUUGCCGGCGCCCGACGGCUGUAAGCCAUGGGAUACGGAUGGCUUGAGACGCGUGUUUGGCACAGAUCUAGAGGGCAAUUAUGGCGUCGAUUAUAUACGGAUCAAAGUCUAUUCAGUGGCGUUGAAAACACGCCGACAACAUGCGAUUGACUAUAGAUUUAGGGCAUCACUGAAUAAUGAGGUGCAAGAGUGUCGACUGUCCCGUACAGACCAGUCGGCGGCGGCCGAUGGCUAUCUGGGCGUUGAGUUUGAGUGCAUUCAUCGCAAACAAUCGCCGAAUCAACGCAUUUACUUUGGCGUCGGUUUUGACGGCGAGUCACAAGAUUUAUACCGUAACUUUCAACGGAUAGCCGACGACUCGGAUCUUUCGAUAUGCGAUCUAAAUCUGUAUUAUUUUAUUGAUUCUUGCGGUGAACCCGACAGACCCCUCGUCAUGGAAGAGUGUAAACAUAAUUAUACGCUAUACGGGCACCAGACGGUUAAGUGCGGUUCCAAUGGCCAGUGGCUGAACCCCUUUCCCCGAUGUGUACCCAAAACAUACUGCAAAACAUCCGACAUUAAGGGUCCAACAGAUAUAUACUGUAAUAAUAGUCAAUGGUUGGGACUAAACACCAUUCGUGACAAUAUAACCACUUUUUGCGAGUUUCUCAACAAAACAGAGUCUUACCAUAAGAAAAGGGAGGAGAAGAGGAAGAAUGCAGCGAAACAGGAAUUUAAUAUAUAUGACGACAGUUUGUCUGUUGAUCCGGAUUUGAAUACCGUUUACGAAGAUCUAUUAAUUGGCAAUAAUGUACGGCACUGUCGGUACGGCCACUGGGCUGGUGCUGUACCCCGAUGUGCAAUCGCUUACAACAGAAAAACCUAUCGUUUAACUAAAGGCAAUGAAUCGCAAACUACGACAACAAUAACAACGCGACCGAGUGUUGGAUACCUAUUACCUGAAAAACCCGUUGAUUGUCUGCACUGGUAUAGCGAUGGCUCUGUCAGUUCCCUUAUCACAACUCUCUUAUAUCCGGCGACAAUUGACUACAUUGUGCUCAAAGUAUACUUGACUAUAUCUUUGAAAACAAUUGCCAGUGACAUAAGUUUUUGGGCGUAUCUCAUCGCUGACCACUACUACUAUGAGUGCCGGUGGACCGGAACCGACCACCUCUUAGACAGGCCUGACGUUUAUACUACCAUUGAGUUUGACUGCAGCCGAGACUCUCAGGCAUUAUUAAUAAUAAUCAUUGCAUUCAUUGUAUUCACGAUUCAGUCUAAUCGCAAGAAGAGGGAAGAAAAGAGGAAGAAUUUGAACAAUGACAAUUUAGUUGAAAAAUGCGAUUAUAUUGAUAUGAACACUAAAUCUAGACACAGCGAUUUUUUCGAUACAAGGAAUAUUACGGCCAAACCCCUUGGGUUUCAACGAUUUCUUUACUUCAUAAUCAUAUAUACCGCUCCCCUGAAGGCCAGUCAGUCUACGUAUUAA